GGUGGUGGUUGUGAUGAGGGUGUUGCACGCGUUCAGCUUUUCUGACGUCCCAAGCCCUAUUCAAAAACCCUAACUCGCACGCCUGCCCCCACUCCCUCGUUCCCCAACAAAAAGAUGGCAAAGAAACCCUUAUAUUAAUUAAUUUAUUCCGAAAAUGCCCUCUCCAUGAGAAUCUAUAUUCACAUCUUUUCAUAACCCAUGUCAGGUCUCAAACUUUCAAUACCAAUCUUAAAAGGAAAAAACACCAUGUACUGCUGCCUCCCCACUAAGGCUAAAAAGCGCAAAAGGUAGGAGAUACCAAAACAAAGCAAGGAGCCCACCCUGCGCAAUCUAGAGAUAGAGAGAGAGAGCGAGAGAAAAUAAAGGAAGAAUCCUUGUAAUACCCUUUUCUUAUUUCAUGCUUUCCAAAACAAUCCAUAUGUUUUUCAAGCUCUUGAUUUCUUGCUCUAGUAUAUCAGAAUUUUUUUUUAUUUUUUUUUAUUUUUUUAAGGGGGGCCUUAAGUCGGUGGGGAUGACGACAAGUUCCUGCCUGUCUUGAAAUAGUCAAUUUUUUAAUUUGUUAGUGAGAAUGGAAGUCAAGAUCUUUAAUCGAAGAUCGCGUGGUACUACUACCAUGGCCUUAGCCUCAUUCUCGGACUGCUAUCACAACUUAAUUGUAGUGUCCUAUUUUUGUAUUUUUUUAGAUUAGUUUGGAUUGAAUUAUAGGACAAUUGGGAAUAAUUUCCUCGAUAAAACUUUAUUUAAAGUUAAAAAAUUGAGAAGUUAGGAAAUAUUAGUUAUCCCAAAUUAGAGGCAGUUUGGGUAUUUCACUCUGUCCCUUGAAAAUCAAUUUAGAAAGAGAUCCAUUCGAUCUCUCUCUCUCUCUCUCUCUCUCCCGAUAUAAGUUUUGAUGCUCAAUCCAUAUUCUCUCUCCCUGAGGAACAUUCAUUAGUCUCUUCCUCCAUCCCCUCACUCUCUCUCAAGAAUCUCUUUCUCUCUACCUCCAUGGAUUUGAUGAUCAAUCACCAGUCUCUAUUUCUUGAUGAUAGUUCAUCGGUCUCCUCCUCUCUUUCUUCGUAAUCAUUCCCCUCUCUCUCUUUCUUUCUCUCUCUCACUCAAUGGAGGACUCUCUCUUUCUUUCUCUCUCUACCUCCAUAUAUUUGAUGAUCAAGCAGCAGUUUCUAUUUCUUGAUGAUCAUUCAUUAGUCUCAUGCUCUCUUUCUUCAUGAUCAUUCCUCCCUCUCUCUUUUGUGUGAGCUUGAGUUGAGGGGUGGAUACUCUCAUGCAUCACCUCAAUCAACUUGCAUUCCACACACGCACACACACACUCUCUCUCUCUCUAGACCUCAUAGUUUCCAUAAGACCCAAAGAAACCUCCACUCUCUCUCUGUUUAACCCCCUAAAUCCAUGGUGUCUUUGCUCUUAAAUGGAUACUCUCUUUCGCCUUGUCACUUUCCACCAACCCCAACAAGAUCACCAUCACCACCACUCGUUCAACUCCUCAACCACUUCUCUCUCUUCAAUCCCCUCUCUCUCUUCAACUCCAUCUCUCUCUUCAAACCACCAGCCAUGCAACAUCAACAACCAAAGCCACAACCCUUUCAUGGAUGAAGAAGACUUCUCCUCCUCCUCUAACCCUAACCCUAAUCCUAACUUUGACCCGAGCCAGUUCAGCUCGCCAAAAUGGGCCCUAAAAGUGCUUGUCGAGUGCGCCAUGGCUAUAGAGACUCAGGACUCGACUCGGACACAGCACUUGCUCUGGGUCCUUAACGAGCUAUCGUCACCCUACGGCGACACGGACCAAAAACUCGCGGCCGCUUUUUUGCAGGCGCUAUUUUGCAAAGUAACAGACUCUGGCCGAAAAACUCACCGGAAUCUCGUGGCCGCCGCCGAGAAGAUGUACACCUUCGAAUCCACACGUCGCAUGAUGCUGAGAUUUCAGGAGGUGAGCCCAUGGACCACGUUCGGUCACGUGGCGGCAAAUGGCGCGUUGAUCGAGGCAAUGAAUGGCGAGAACAGGAUCCACAUCGUGGAUAUAAGUGGGACCUAUUGCACACAGUGGCCGACACUCCUGGAGGCCCUGGCGACACGCUCAGAUGACACUCCACAUGUGAGAAUCACCCAUGUACUCAGCAGUGUCGGCCCGGCCGGUCACCGCGUGUCGAGAGAGAUCGGCGCUAGGAUGGAGAAGUUCGCCCGUCUAAUGGGAGUGCCCUUUAACUUCUCCUCCCUCCACGUGGCGGAAAUUGAGGCCCUCAACCAUGAAAAUCUAAAGCUGCAAGAGGGUGAGGUCCUCGCCAUAAAUUGCAUUUUCUCGUUACACAAGGUGGGACCGACAAGCCGCGACACUGCCGUGUCGGCUCUUCGUCGGCUUGAUCCUAGGGUUUUGACCUUGGUGGAAGAGGAAGUUGACCUUGACUCCGACCGGGGACAAGGCUUCGCGGCUUGGCUCGGAGAGUGUGUCCGUUUCUUUAGGGCUUACCUGGAGUCUUUGGACGAGAGUUUCCCUAAAGCCAGUGAGGAGCGGCUCAUGUUGGAGCGCGCCAUGGCUCGAGCGGCAGUCGACUUGGUGGCUUGCCCGGCUGACGAGUCAAGAGAACGGCGCGAGCGGUCAGGUUGGUGGGCUAGGCGCAUGCGAGCCUGUGGUUUCGGUCCAGUGGGCUUCAGCGACGACGUUUUGGACGAUAUGAGAGCUCUGUUGAGGAGGUACAGAGAGGGGUGGAGCAUGGGCCUGGGCAGAGCCGAUGAUGAAGCAGGCAGUGGGGUUUAUUUGGAGUGGAAGGAGGAGCCCAUGGUUUGGGCCUCGGCCUGGAAGCCGUAGCCGAAAUUUCAGCCCCAAAAAUGGCGAAAAAGGUAUUAGGGUAGCGAAAGGAUUGGCCGUGCAUGAGUUGGUCAGAGAUUGGGCCGAAAUUUCGUGGUGUAAAUGGGGAAUGUUUCGCGAGAAAUUGGGAGCUGGGGUGAGCUGCUUUCAUAGAGUGAGGGAUGGUGGGGUGGGCCACGGCGUGUUAGUGCGGAGCUGCUUUUGAAGCUUUCUUUUGAAUAUGAAUGUGGAAAGGAGGAAUUGGUUCUUUUGAGGCCCACUUCAAAUUUGGCUUCUUUACUUAAAGCUAAAAGAGUGAGGCUUGUUUCAUUGCUUUUUAUUUUUUUCUCUUGUUUAUGUUGAUUUUUAAGGAAUGAGUUGUCUACUAUGUUGCGGAA